ACAGCCAACUGGCAUCCUCCUAUAGCCACAGCCAACUGGCAUCCUCCUAUAGCCACAGCCAACUGGCAUCCUCCUAUAGCCACAGCCAACUGGCAUCCUCCUAUAGCCACAGCCAACUGGCAUCCUCCUAUAGCCACAGUCAACUGGCAUCCUCCUAUAGCCACAGCCAACUGGCAUCCUCCUAUAGCCACAGUCAACUGGCAUCCUCCUAUAGCCACAGCCAACUGGCAUCCUCCUAUAGCCACAGCCAACUGGCAUCCUCCUAUAGCCACAGCCAACUGGCAUCCUCCUAUAGCCACAGCCAACUGGCAUCCUCCUAUAGCCACAGCCAACUGGCAUCCUCCUAUAGCCACAGCCAACUGGCAUCCUCCUAUAGCCACAGCCAACUGGCAUCCUCCUAUAGCCACAGCCAACUGUGAUCUUCUGUAUUGUUUUUAUAGACAGAAAAUAGCUUAGGACAGCACUUCUCUCUCCGCUUUUCUUAUCCUCCUCUUCCCAGCUGAGCCCUGUGUAGCUCAGUUGGUAGAGCAUGGCGUUUUCAACGCCAGGGUUGUGGGUUCGAUUCCCACGGGGGGCCAGUAUGAAAAUGUAUGCACUCACCAACUGUAAGUCGCUCUGGAUAAGAGUGUCUGCUAAAUGACUAAAAUGUAAAUGUUCCCUCCAUCUCUUCCUUCCUCUUCUUUUCCCCUAUCUCAUCUUUCUCUAAUCCUCCUCUAAUCCUCCUCUCUCUACCUUGUUCUCUCUCUACCUUGUUCUCUCUCUACCUUGUUCUCUCUCUACCUUGUUCUCUCUCCACCUUGUUCUCUCUCCACCUUGUUCUCUCUCCACCUUGUUCUCUCUCUACCUUGUUCUCUCUCUACCUUGUUCUCUCUCCACCUUGUUCUCUCUCCACCUUGUUCUCUCUCCACCUUGUUCUCUCUCCACCUUGUUCUCUCUCUACCUUGUUCUCUCUCCAGGGUCUCAUUUAGAUCUGUUCCAAACUCCUCCCUCUUCCCCCUCUGAUUCUGACUUGGCUCCAGCCGUAUCUCAGCUGCUGCAGCAGGGGACACUGUCCUCCGGGGCCACCCGGGGCAUCGUCUGCCAGGGUGGAGCCUCCCCCAUCUCCAAUUGGAGCCACACACUGUCCGUCCCCCCAGAAUGGGCCGUGAUUAGCGUAGAGAGCAGUGCGUCUCCGCCGGGGACUGGAAUUGAGAUGGAAGGUUCAAGGCGAACGGUGCAGCGCUCUAGCAGCCACAAAAGCCACAACAGCAGCCCUGUGUCCCCAGGCCAGGGGCCUCAGUUUGAGGGUAGCUCUUUGGAGCAUAGCUGGCAGGAGCGGGACAGUGGGAUGGAGCCCCAUGCAGCGCCAGAGCGGGCUGGGGAGGAGAUGGCCCUGGCUCUGUUCAGCCUUCUGGAACAUCACAGGUCUGCAGUGGGGCUCAGUCCGGGCCUGAACGCACCAGCAGGAGCAGCCGGUAAGGGCUCCGCAUCCGCGUGGCCAUAGCAACCCAAUCGGUUCAUAAUGGUUUGUUUAUGUUUGUCUUGUCUCUACUUAACAGAGUGUGCGUGCAUGUUCUUACAGUAUGUACAGGGCCUUCAGAAAGUAUUCAUACCCCUUGACUUAUUCCACAUUUUGUUACAGCCCGAACUGAAAAUUGAUUAAAUUGAUUUUUUUCCCCCUCAUCCAUCUACACACAGUACCCCAUAAUGACAAAAAGUGAAAACAUGUUUUUAGAAAUUUUUACAAAUUUAUUGAAAAUGAAAUGCAGAAAUAGCUAAUUUACAUGUAUUCACCCCCUGAGUCAAUACUUUGUAUAAGCACCUUUGGCAGUGAUUACAGAUGUGAGUCUUUCUGGGUAAGUCUCUAAGAGCUUUCCACACCUGGAUUGUGCAACAUUUGCCCAUUAUUAUUUUCAAAAUUCUUCAAGCUCUGUCAAAUUGGUUGUUGAUCAUUGCUAGACAACCAUUUUCAGAAGUAUACAGAACAAAAAUAUAAAUGCGAAAUGUAAAGGGUUGGUCCCAUGUUUCAUGAGCAGAAAAAAAAUCCCAGAAAUGUUCCAUAUGCACAAAAAGCUUAUUUCUCUCAGAUUUUGUGCACAAAUUUGUUAACAUCCCUGUUAGUGAGCAUUUUAUCAUUUGUCAAGAUAAUCCAUCCACCUGACAAGUGUGGCAUAUCAAGAAGCUGAUUAAACAGCAUGAUCAUUAGACAGAUGCACCUCGUGCUGGGGACAAUAAAAGGCCACUCUAAAAUGUGCAGUUUUGUCACACAGCACAAUGCCACAGAUGUCUCAAGUUUUGAGGGAGCAUGCAAUUGGCAUAAUGAACACAGAAAUGUCCACCAGACCUGUUGCCCGAGAUUUCAUGUUAAUUUCUCUACCAAUGUCGUUUUAGAGAAUUUGGCAGUACGUCCAACCGGCCACACAACCGCAGACCAUGUGUAUGGCGUCGUGUGGGCGAACGGUUUGCUGAUGUCAACGUUGGUGGCGGUGGGGUUAUGGUAUGGGCAGGCAUAAGCUAUGGACAACGAACACAAUUGCAUUUUAUCGAUGUCAAUUUGAAUGCACAGAGAUACCGUGAUGAGAUCCUGAGGUCCAUUUUUUCUAAGGUAUGUGACCAACAGAUGCAUAUCUGUAUUCCCAGUCAUAUGAAAUCCAUAGAUUAGGGCCUAUGAUUGUUUUUCAGUUGACUGAUUUCCUUAUAUGAACUGUAACUCAGUAAAACCUUUGAAAUUGUUGCAUAUUGCGGUUAUAUUUUUUGUUCAGUAUAGAUUUAAGUCAAAACUGUAACUCGGCCACUCAGGACCAUUCAUUGUCUUCUUGGUAAGAAACUCCAGUGUAGACUUGGCCUUGUGUUUUAGGUUACUGUCCUGCUGAAAGGUAAAUCCAUCUCCCAGUGUCUGGUGAAAAGCAGGCUAAACCAGGUUUUCCUCUUAAGAUUUUGCCUGUGCUGAGCGCCAUUCAGUUUAUUUUUUAUCCUGAAACUCAUCAGUCCUUAACGAUUAUAAGCAUACCCAUAACAUGAUGCAGCCACCACUAUGCUUGAAAAUAUGAAGACUGGUACUCAAUAAUUUAUUGGAUUUGCCCCAAACAAAACACUUUGUAAUCAGGACAAAAAGUUAAUUGUUUAGCCACACUUUUUUUGCAGUAUUACUUUAGUGCCUUGUUGCAAACAGGAUGCAUGUUUUGGAAUAGUUUUAUUCUGUACAGGCUUCCUACUUUUUACUCUCUCAAUUAGGUUAGUAUUGUGAAGUAACUAUGCUGAACAAAAAAUAUAAACGCAACAUGUAACAAUUUCAAAGAUGUUACUGAGUUACAGUUCAUAUAAGGACAUCAAUCAAUUUAAAAACAAUCAUAGGCCCUAAUCUAUGGAUUUCACAUGACUGGGAAUACAGAUAUGCAUCUGUUGGUCACAUACCUUAGAAAAAAUGGACCUCAGGAUCUCAUCACGGUAUCUCUGUGCAUUGAAAUUGACAUCGAUAAAAUGCAAUUGUGUUCGUUGUCCGUAGCUUAUGCCUGCCCAUACCAUAACCCCACCGCCACCAACGUUGACAUCAGCAAACCGCUCGCCCACACGACGCCAUACACGUGGUCUGCGGUUGUGAGGCCGGUUGGACGUACUGCCAAAUUCUCUAAAACAACAUUGGUAGAGAAAUGAACAUUAAGUUAUCUGGCAACAGCUCUAGUGGAUAUUCCUGCAGUCAGUAUGCCAAUUGCAUGCUCUUUCAAAACUUGAGACAUCUGUGGCAUUGUGUUGUGUGACACAACUGUACAUUUUAGAGUUACCUGUUAUUGUCCCCAGCACAAGGUGCACCUGUGUAAUGAUCAUGCUGUUUAAUCAGCUGGGAUCUUUUAUUUCAGCUCAUAAAAUAUGGGACCAACACUUUACAUGUUGCGUUUAUAUUUUUGUUCAGUGUACAAUGUUGUUGAUCCAUCCUCAGUUUUCUCCUAUCUCAGCCAUUAAACUCUUAACUGUUUUAAAGUCACCAUUGGCCUCCCUGAAAUCCCUGAGCGGUUUCCUUCCUCUCCGGCAACUGAGUUAGGAAGGACGCCUGUGUCUUUGUAGUGACUGGGUGUAUUGAUACACCAUCCACAGUGUAGUUAAUAACUUCACCAUGCUCAAAGAGAUAUUCAAUGUCUGCUUUUUUUAUUGUUACCCAUUUACCAAUAGGUGCCCUUCUUUUAGAGGCAUUGGAAAACCUCCCUGGUCUUUGUGGUUUAAUCUGUGUUUGAAAUUCCCUGCUUGACUGAGGGACCUUACAGAUAAUUGUAUGUGUGGGGUACAGAGAUGUAGUCAUUCAAAAAUCAUGUUAAACACAAUUAUUGCACACAGAGUGAGUCCAUGCAACUUGUGACUUGUGAAGCACAUUUUUACUCCUGAACGUAUUUAUGCUUGCCAUAACAAAGGGGUCGACUACUUAUUGACUCAAUACAUUUCAGCUUAUCAUUUUUUGUUAAUUUGUUACAUUUCAAAAAACAUAAUUCCACCUUGACAUUAUGGGGUAUUGUGUGUAGGCCAGUGACAAUAAAUCUCGAUUUAAUCCAUUUUUAAAUUCAUGCUGUAACACAACAAAAUGUGGAAAAAGUCAAGGGGUGUGAAUACGUUCUGAAGGCACUGUAUGUGUGCUUGUGUGUCAGAGCUGCUAAGGCGGUUGCUGGUGGAGAGAAAGGAGCUGGUCGAGGAGGUUCGCAACCUGAAGGACACACUGAGGGUGAGUCAAACGCUCCUCCUUCUCUUCCCUCCCUCUCUGUCACUGCAGAGAUGGGCAUAGAGGAGGACACACAGACACAAAUCCAUCCCUAUUACUUUGAUGUGGAUUGCUUUUUCCCUUCUCUACCCUGUACUGUACCAUGUGAGCUAUUUUAGACUUCACACUGCUUAUCAUUGGCUCAUGUAGACUAGUUGUUGCACCAUGUUUGCAGAUUGUGGAGGGCAACGGCGAUACAUAUUGUCUAACCGAACAUCGUAGAAAAAAAGUCAAAGCCUCAUCACAUGUUUGAACCACUGAUAAGCUUGCUUAGGUUAGCACAAAUAUUGAGAAACCCUUCCUUCCACAAACCUUGCAACUAGCCUGAACAUUGCACUUACUACCUACAUUGAAAUAUUUGUGCUAACCUAAGCACGCUUAUCAGUGUUGAAAAAAUGUGAUGUGGUUUGACUUUCCUGUUCUGUUAGAGAAUAUGUGUCGCUGUUGGCCUCCACCAUCUGCAAACAUGGUGCAACAACUAGUCGACUUGAGCCAGUGAGCAGUGUGAUGGCCCUGCCAUAUGGGAGAUUCUCCCUCUAGCUCUAGAUUACUGUCAUUAACUGUACACAAGGAACAUUGAAGGCAUUCCUGGCAUAUCUUGUUGAAGUGUUCACCUGAACUGGGUUGGCUAGCUUAGCUAAAACAGGUUCUGAACUUGGUAACCUAUUGACCAAAGCAAAGUCCCUGCUUAUCAUACACGUUUUCUGUAGACCGUGUCAAUAGAACUAUUGAUUUUCUAAGACAGUGACCGUAUGCAUGCAUGUCUGUCUGCUGGCCGGGAUGUAAAAUGAUACUUCUACUUCUCACCUUUUCCCCUGUCUCUUCUUUAUGAUUUAUAUUUUUCUGAUGCAAUGAGUUAACACACUCUUAUAUUCUGAUAUGGUUCUGGUUUGAGUGUACAGGAUCUUUAACUAUCUAAUUAAUAUAAUAUAAUAUAUAUAUGUGUGUGUGUGUAUAUAUAUAUAUAUAUAUAUAUAUAUAUAUAUAUGUAUAUGUAUGUAUAUGUAUAUAUGUAUAUAUAUAUAUACAUAUAUACACACACACACACACACACACAGUGAGGGAAAAAAGUAUUUGAUCCCCUGCUGAUUUUGUACGUUUGCCCACUGACAAAGAAAUUAUCAGUCUAUAAUUUUAAUGGUAGGUUUAUUUGAACAGUGAGAGACAGAAUAACAACAACAAAAAUCCAGAAAAACGCAUGUCAAAAAUGUUAUAAAUCGAUUUGCAUUUGAAUGAGGGAAAUAAGUAUUUGACCCCCUUUCAAUCAGAAAGAUUUCUGGCUCCCAGGUGUCUUUUAUACAGGUAACGAGCUGAGAUUAGGAGCACACUCUUAAAGGGAGUGCUCCUAAUCUCAGUUUGUUACCUGUAUAAAAGACACCUGUCCACAGAAGCAAUCAAUCAAUCCGAUUCCAAACUCUCCACCAUGGCCAAGACCAAAGAGCUCUCCAAGGAUGUCAGGGACAAGAUUGUAGACCUACACAAGGCUGGAAUGGGCUACAAGACCAUCGCCAAGCAGCUUGGUGAGAAGGUGACAACAGUUGGUGCGAUUAUUCGCAAAUGGAAGAAACACAAAAGGACUUUCAAUCUCCCUCGGCCUGGGGCUCCAUGCAAGAUCUCACCUUGUGGAGUUGCAAUGAUCAUGACAACGGUGAGGAAUCAGCCCAGAACUACACGGGAGGAUCUUGUCAAUGAUCUCAAGGCAGCUGGGACCAUAGUCACCAAGAAAACAAUUGGUAACACACUACGCUGUGAAUGACUGAAAUCCUGCAGCGCCCGCAAGGUCCCCCUGCUCAAGAAAGCACAUAUACAUGCCCGUCUGAAGUUUACCAAUGAACAUCUGAAUGAUUCAGAGGAGAACUGGGUGAAAGUGUUGUGGUCAGAUGAGACCAAAAUGGAGCUCUUUGGCAUCAACUCAACUCGCCGUGUUUGGAGGAGGAGGAAUGCUGCCUAUGACCCCAAGAACACCAUCCCCAACGUCAAACAUGGAGGUGGAAACAUUAUGCUUUGGGGAUGUUUUUCUGCUAAGGGGACAGGACAACUUCACCGCAUCAAAGGGACGAUGGACGGGGCCAUGUACCGUCAAAUCUUGGGUGAGAACCUCCUUCCCUCAGCCAGGGCAUUGAAAAUGGGUCGUGGAUGGGUAUUCCAGCAUGACAAUGACCCAAAACACACGGCCAAGGCAACAAUGGAGUAGCUCAAGAAGAAGCACAUUAAGGUCCUGGAGUGGCCUAGCCAGUCUCCAGACCUUAAUCCCAUAGAAAAUCUGUGGAGGGAGCUGAAGGUUCGAAUUGCCAAAUGUCAGCCUCGAAACCUUAAUGACUUGGAGAAGAUCUGCAAAGAGGAGUGGAACAAUAUCCCUCCUGAGAUGUGUGAAAACCUGGUGGCCAACUACAAGAAACGUCUGACCUCUGUGAUUGCCAACAAGGGUUUUGCCACCAAGUACUAAGUCAUGUUUUGCAGAGGGGUCAAAUACUUAUUUCCCUCAUUAAAAUGCAAAUCAAUUUAUAACAUUUUUGACAUGCGUUUUUCUGGAUUCCUUAUAUGAACUCUCACUUUUCAAAUAAACCUACCAUUAAAAUUAUAGACUGAUCAUUUAUUUGUCAGUGGGCAAAUGUACAUAUACAGUGAGGGGAAAAAAGUAUUUGAUCCCUUGCUGAUUUUGUACGUUAGCCCACUGACAAAGACAUGAUCAGUCUAUAAUUUUAAUGGUAGGUUUAUUUGUACAGUGAGAGACAGAAUAACAACAAAAAUAUUUAGAAAAACGAAUGACAAAAAUGUUAUAAAUUGAUUUGCAUUUUAAUGAGGGAAAUAAGUAUUUGACCCCUCUGCAAAACAUGACUUAGUACUUGGUGGCAAAACCCUUGUUGGCAAUCACAGAGGUCAGACGUUUCUUGUAGUUGGCCACCAGGUUUUCACACAUCUCAGGAGGGAUAUUGUUCCACUCCUCUUUGCAGAUCUUCUCCAAGUCAUUAAGGUUUCGAGGCUGACGUUUGGCAAUUCGAACCUUCAGCUCCCUCCACAGAUUUUCUAUGGGAUUAAGGUCUGGAGACUGGCUAGGCCACUCCAGGACCUUAAUGUGCUUCUUCUUGAGCCACUCCUUUGUUGCCUUGGCCGUGUGUUUUGGGUCAUUGUCAUGCUGGAAUACCCAUCCAUGACCCAUUUUCAAUGUUCUGGCUGAGGGAAGGAGGUUCUCACCCAAGAUUUGACGGUACAUGGCCCCAUCCAUCGUCCCUUUGAUGCGGUGAAGUUGUCCUGUCCCCUUAGCAGAAAAACACCCCCAAAGCAUAAUGUUUCCACCUCCAUGUUUGACGGUGGGGAUGGUGUUCUUGGGGUCAUAGGCAGCAUUCCUCCUCCUCCAAACACAGCGAGUUGAGUUGAUGCCAAAGAGCUUGAUUUUGGUCUCAUCUGACCACAACACUUCCACCCAGUUCUCCUCUGAAUCAUUCAGAUGUUCUUUGGCAAACUUCAGACGGCCCUGUAUAUGUGCUUUCUUGAGCAGGGGGACCUUGCGGGUGCUGCAGGAUUUCAGUCCUUCACGGCGUAGUGUGUUACCAAUUGUUUUCUUGGUGACUGGUCCCAGCUGCCUUGAGAUCAUUGACAAGAUCGUCCUGUGUAGUUCUGGGCUGAUUCCUCACCAUUCUCAUGAUCAUUGCAACUCCAGAGGUGAGAUCUUGCAUGGAGCCACAGGCUGAGGGAGAUUGACAGUUCCUUUGUGUUUCGUCCAUUUGCGAAUAAUCGCACCAACUGUUGUCACCUUCUCACCAAGCUGCUUGGCGAUGGUCUUGUAGCCCAUUCCAGCCUUGUGUAGGUCUACAAUCUUGUCCCUGACAUCCUUGGAGAGCUCUUUGGUCUUGGCCAUGGUGGAGAGUUUGGAAUCUGAUUGAUUGAUUGAUUGCUUCUGUGGACAGGUGUCUUUUAUACAGGUAACAAGCUGAGAUUAGGAGCACUCCCUUUAAGAGUGUGCUCCUAAUCUCAGUUUGUUACCUGUAUAAAAGACACCUGGGAGCCAGAAAUCUUUCUGAUUGAGAGGGGGUCAAAUACUUAUUUCCCUCAUUAAAAUGCAAAUCAAUUUAUAACAUUUUUUACAUGCGUUUUUCUGGAUUUUUGUUGUUGUUAUUCUGUCUCUCACUGUUCAAAUAAACCUACCAUUAAAAUUAUAGACUGAUCAUUUCUUUGUCAGUGGGCAAACGUACAAAAUCAGCAGGGGAUCAAAUACUUUUUUCCCUCACUGUAUAUAUUUACAUACACACACACACACACACACACACACACACUCUCUGGCAGACUGAGCGAGCUGAGUGGCACCAGUUCCAGUGCGAUCUACAGGUGGCAGUGUCUGUGGCCGACCGGCUGCGCGUGGAAGCGGAGGAGACUAUGGGCAUGCUCAGAGAGAGCCACGGGAACGUGGAGGGCCAGCUGGACCAGGUCCAGUGCAGACAGCAGGACACGGACAGGGAGAUGGAGAGCUUGAGAACUGAACACAGAGAGGCCUGUCACAGACUGUCUGCUCUCACCCUGGAGCACCAACAGACCAGGGCUGAGCUGGACACACUGAGACUGUCUGCUCUCACCCUGGAGCACCAACAGACCAGGGCUGAGCUGGACACACUGAGACUGUCUGCUCUCACCCUGGAGCACCAACAGACCAGGGCUGAGCUGGACACACUGAGACUGUCUGCUCUCACCCUGGAGCACCAACAGACCAGGGCUGAGCUGGACACACUGAGACUGUCUGCUCUCACCCUGGAGCACCAACAGACCAGGGCUGAGCUGGACACACUGAGACACACACUCGGGGAGAGAGAGAGGGACUCACUGAGGGAAAGAGAGAAGGACUCACACCGAGAGAUGGAGGGAAGAGACACGGAGGAGAGGACGUUUGGAGAAGACACUAGUGAAGACAUAAGCACGAUGGAGGCGCUGGAUGGGAAGAAAAUAAAGGAUUCAGAAAGAGAAGUGGAAGGAGAGAAAAUGGUGAAGAGUGAGGGAGAGGAUGUCAACAUGGGAGGGCAGUCUCCUGAGGAGCUUGUUAGAGGAGGGGAGAACCUGCUCAAAGUGAAGGGGGUGGCGGAGGCGUACCUACGGAAUUUGGCGGCCGGGGAGAUGGGGUGCAACUUGAGAGAUCCACAGAGGAUUGUGAUGAUGUCAGAGCGUUCCAGGUGAGUGCCUCAUCAUGCCCGUAUGAUGCACUAGCACUUUGGAGGUGGAGCAUCUGUUUGUUGUUAUCUGGAGCAUGUAAGCUAGCCUGUGUCUCUAUAGGAGCAACCCUUGACCUUGUUGCGCAAGGCCAUGCUAUAGACACACGUAUCCUACCUUUAUCUGUGGCAACUAAAUCCUAUCUUAUCUGUUCCAGGAGCCUCUCUCGACUUCCCCUGCCCACUGACACUCUCCCUGCACAGAAUGGUAGCUCCCAGACCACUACUAGUACAACACUGCCUCUAUGCAAGGUAACACUAAUAUUCAACCAACAAAUGUGUUUUUGUAAUGGUAUCAGAAAGCCUGGACUUGAAAUUCAAGGGUCCAUUUUGGGAUCAGUCAUGGAUGUAUGUGAGAUGUCCUGUCUGUCUCUUCUCUCGAUGUCUUACCAGAAAGAAGAGCCAGCCAAAGGGAGAAGGAUGGACCGCAUACUGCAACGACAGGACAGCUGGUCCAGCUUCUAUACAAGUGUGUGUCUGUUCAUUCAUUAACUACAGUGCCUUCAGAAUGUAUUCAUACCCAUUGACUUAUUCCACAUGUAUUUUUUUCUCUCACCCAUCUACACAAUACCCCAUAAUGACAAAGUGAAAACAUGUUUUUAGAAAUGUUUGCAAAUGUAUUGAAAAUUAAAUACAGAAAUAUCACGUGGUCCUCUGUAGCUCAGCUGGUAGAGCACGGCGCUUGUAACGCCAAGGUAGUGGGUUCGAUCCCCGGGACCACCCAUACACAAAAAUGUAUGCACGCAUGACUAAGUCGCUUUGGAUAAAAGCGUCUGCUAAAUGGCAUAUUAUUAUUAUUAUUAUUAUUAUUAUUAUUAUUAUUAUCAUCUAGUUUACAGAAGUAUUCACACCCCUUUGCUAUGACACUCCAAAUUGAGCUCCAGUGCAUCAAAUGUCCUUUGAUCAUCCUUGAGAUGUCACUACAACUUGAUUGGAGUCCACCUGUGGCCAAUUCAAUUGUUUGGACAUGAUUUAGAAAGAAACACGCCUGUCUAUAUAAGGUCCCCAAUCGACAGUGCAUGUCAGAGCAGAAACUAUACCAUGAAGUCCAAGGAACUGUCCGUAGAUCUCCGAGAUAGAACUGUGAUGAGGCAUAUAUCUGUGGAAGGAUAUAAAACAAUUUCUAGAGUAUUGAAAGUUUCCAAGAGCACGGUGGUCUACAUCAUUGGGAAAUUGAAAAAAGAUGGAACUACCCAGACUCUGCCUAGAGCUGGCCGUCCGACCAAACUGAGCAACCGGCCAAGAAGGACCUUGGUCAGGGAGGUGACCAAGAACCCAAUGACUACUGACAGAACUACAGAGUUCCUUGUCUGAGAUGGGAGAACCCAACAGUCACUACAGCACUUCAACAAUCUGGGCUUUAUGGGAGAGUGGCCUGACGGAAGCCAAUCCUGAGAAAAAGGCACAUGACAGCACACCUGGAGUUUGCAAAAAGGCAUGUGAAAGACUCCGAGCAUAAGGCAAAAGAUUCUGUUGUCUAAUGACACAAAAAUGGAAGCCUGAAUGCAAGGCGCUAUGUCUGGAGAAAAUCAGGCACAGCUCAUCACCCGUCUAACACCAUCCCUGCUAUGAAGAUUGGGAGACUGGUAAGGAUAGAGGGAACAAUGAAUGGAGCCAAAUUCAGGCAAAUCCUUGAUGAGAACCUGCUUCAGAGUGCAAAUGACCUUAGACUGGGGCAAAGAUGUAUGUUCCAACAGGACAAUGACCCCAAGCAUACAGCCAAAGCAACGCUGGAAUGGCUUCAGAAUAAGAAUAUGAAAGUCCUUGAGUGGCCCAGCCAAAGCCCAGACUUGAAUCCCAUUGAAAAUCUGUGGAAAGACUUGAAGAUUGCUGUUCACUGCUGCGCCCCAUCUAAUUUACCAGAGCAAAAAAAAAUCUGCAAGGAAGAAUGGGAGAAAGUCCCCAAAUCCAGAUGUGCAAAGCUGAUACAGACAUACCCAAGACGACUCAAAGCUGUAAUCGCCACCAAAGGUGCUUCUACAAAUUAUUGACUCAAGGGUGUGAAUACAUAUGUAAAUACCUAUGGGUGGCAGAUAGCGUAGCGGUUAAGAGUGUUGGGCCAGUAACCGAAAGGUACCCGAGGCGACUAGUGAAGAAUCUGUUUAUGUGCCCUUGAGCAAGGCACUUAAACCUAAUUGCUCCUGUAAGUCACUCUGGAUAAGAGUGUCUGAUUAAAUCACUAAAAUGUAAAUGAGAUAUUUCUUUUUCAAUACAUUUGCAAAGAAUCUUAACAUGUUUUCACUUUGUCAUUAUGGGGUAGUGUAUGUGUAGAUGGGUGAGAGAGAAAUCUACUUAAUCCAUUUAGAAUUCAGGCUGUAACACAACAAAAUGUGGAAUAAGUCAAUAUAAUACUUUCUGAAGGCACUGUAAAAGAGUUAUUCCACAACUGCUUUCUUUUUAUCUAGUCAGUUGUACAACUGAAUGCAUUCAGCUGAAAUGUCUUCCGCAUGAAAGUUACUGGGCUCUUGACUAAUUGCUAAUGUCUGACAGAAAAACAGGAGGAGGACCAGAACGCAGACCCAUUGUCCUCAUUCAGGCGAGUGGACCGGCACUCUGGAGAUGCUUGAGAAAUAUGCCCAAAUAAAGCCUUCUAUCUACGUAGCUAUAACGUUGGUCUGUUAUCCACCUUCCAGACCUCAGGAUGGUUUCAGCAUGCUGCUACGAAGUCAUGGAGGCUCCAGGCGGAACUCACUCCUGCGUUGGUGUCAAAGCCGCACCCAGGGCUAUAAGGUCAGAAGUGGCAACGUUUUCUAGAAUAACCCACGCAAGCUUACCAUUCAUAUUUUUCAAACAUUGGUCUGUAUUCUGUCCAUACAAACCUUUUGAUUAAAACAUGUUUUUACAGAAUAUUGAGAUCACCAACUUCAGCAGCAGUUGGGAGGACGGUCUGGCUUUCUGUGCUGUGUACCACACCUAUCUCCCCACACACAUCCCCUACAGUAGUCUCAGCACAGGAGACAAGGUAAGAGGAAUGCAUACCCAUUCACAUGCAGCACAUACUGCUAUAUUGACCCUACAGUUAAGUCCUAAACUUGUUUUGUGCAGAGUGAGAACCUGGACCUAGCCUUCCAGACGGGGGAGAGUGUUGGAAUCACAGCCACUCUGGUGAGACCCACAUUUAAACUAACUGGGCUAACUACCAGGACUUUCACCUGCAUAUUACUUAGGGAAUAAACUUGUACUAACACGUCACCAUGAACAUGGAACACAGCUGUUGUGAACAUACGGUAGGGAGCUUGACUAGUGAGUCAAAUGUAAGGUGUCACUGAUGUUUGUAGUUCUGAUUGGAGCCUUGCGUAGUACUCAGUGGUCACCUUUGAAUGAGAAUAGAGUUUGUCCAUGACGGCGAGUAUGGACUUCUUAUUCUUCAACAGAGUGUUUGUGUUUGAUUGACAGACCGUGGAGGAGAUGCUGAGAUCAGGUGGGCCCGACUGGCAGAGGGUCCUGGGGUACGUUGAAAGCAUGUUUCGUCACUUUGAGAUG